CACUCUCUCCUAACCCAAAUCAUUCUUGCUCUCUGUGCUGGACACGAGUGAGUCUUCAGAUGGGAUCCUGUGUCUCCUCUUCUCACAACACCAUCAAGACCUCCUCUGAUUCAGCAGUAAAGCUUUCGGCCCUAAUCUCUGAACCUGACACGACAUCCCCCGUCAAGAAUGACGUCACCAAUCCGGCCACGAUCAAUGGGAACUCUUUCAUAGAUUCCACUCCUCGGGUUUCCUCAGAGGAGAUCACUUUUUUCGAUUCAAGGGGGUGGCUUGAUUCUGACUGUGAAGAUGAUUUCAUGAGCGUUGAUGGUGAAUUUACGCCGUCGCGAGGAACAACACCGGUGCAUCACAAAUUCUGUGACAAAACUCCUAAAGCAGAUGAGAAAAAACACGAAGAGCCGUCUCCAACAGACAACAAGAAGAGACUCCUCGAACUCUUCAAAGAGACGCAGGAUCAAGAUGAGGACGAAGGAGAGGAUGACGUGGCAGAAGGCAAAGCAAGAGCAUGUCUCUGGCUAAGAACACCGGGCAGAUCUUCUGCACCGGCGACUCCUUUUAACAAUAAUAAUAAUGAUACAGAAAGACAACAACUCAAGAGGGUGAAAUCGUCGGCUCAAGGCGGCUGCGUUCUGCGUUUGGUUUCUUGUAGCAGCUUCACUGAGCGGCGACGGAAAAUGAUGAAUCAUACCCCCGUUCACGUCCAACGCUAAGCCCCUCACCUCCCUCCCUAAAAAACACUAUACAAUUUAGUUUCUUAAUUUGUCCCCCUAGUUUUUGUUCAAACGCUCGGACAAUGUUCUCUUCACAGCUCAUAAUGCCUCCUAUCACAUUUGCAACGCACUAUUUUCUCUGUUACUUUCUCUAUUUACUUAAUUAUAUAAAAAAUAACUAAACUUGAUUUUUUU